UCAAAUCGAAACUAAACUGGUGUGAAACUUCCAUACAAUGCGGUAAACUCAAUCUGAACUUAUGCGCUACAUGAAUCCAUUUGAACAAUUCUCUACGGCAUCUUGCCUUCAAGAUGUCUUCUGUUCCAGAACGCAUCUCGAUCAAGCGCAAGAGAAAUGAUCUUCCGCCAGAGACUCUUUAUCUUGAACAUGGCAGCGCUGUGGUCAAAAAGCGAAGAGUAACAGACUUCUACUUCCAACGAGUUCGGGACCGCACGAUCGCCCCCAUAUCACUUCGAGAAAAAACUGAACCACCUCCGAAAGCAUCUCCACGCGUAAUUCCCGGUGUACCUACAGUCCGAUGGACAUCUCCCGGGGACGAAAAACGGGAUUAUGAGAAGUUGAAAGCAAGUUUGAAAGCCCAAGCGAACACAGAUACCGCAGGCACCAAUGCGAGGCAUUCCCAAGAUGCGGCCACGGGCAGUCAGUCUGCGCCAGCGACUCCCAUUUCGACCGAAAGCCUGCAAGCUGCAAGGCGUUUCCAUCUAGCCCGCAACCUCUCGUCUGUACUCAGCCCAAACUCUUCCGGUGGCAUAAGAAAGCAGAAAAGCGGAAUUCGCCCUCCACUUGCGACAUUCGUAGAGAAACAUGGUGCCACGUUCAGUCAUGAAAACAACCCGUUAUACCGAGGCGAACCUGUGGACAAAAUAUUGGACACAAGCAAGGUUGGAAACUUGAAAAAUGGAGUAUCUGAAGGCGUACAAGAUCCAGAUUUGGAGACCUUGCGCACGUCUCAUCGGAAUGCCACCAACACUUUCCUCCAAGCAACGGCGAAGGGAGCGAAGAAGGGCACUUCAAUCAUGGAUCAUCCAAGCACCUGGGAUCAGGAGUCAGACCAACUCGCGGAUGAGUUGGCAGCUCUGGCAAUGGAGCUCGACCCUGAAGUAGAACACAAGGUUGAAGGACAAGAUCCUCCAACACCACUGAAGAACACGACGGACACUGUGAUGACCUCAUCAGACCGAGAAGAUGAAUACAUUUACGAAACUUAUAUUCGUGUGCCUUACGACGAUAAAACACAACACACACUAGACCUGUCCCCGAACAAUAUUGGCGUUUUGGUUAUCACCGAGGAAGAUGAGGAUUUGUGGCUAAAAUAUGUCGACAGUGACGACGACUCAGACUGGGACGACGAAGACUCUAAUGCUGAGGACAAUCCGGCAAAUGAUUAUCCGGAAGACGAAGUCAGUUCGGACGAUGAGUAUGGAUACAACGCCUACAAAUACCGUCGCCAAGCUUCCGAUGACGAGGCGUUUGACGAGGACGAAGACGCCGACGGUACCAGCAAAUGGUGACCCUGUCCUAGCGAUAGACCUCACAUCCCUGACGAGCUUUUUCAAGACCUCCGCC